AUGGCUGGUUCCGCGGAUAGCGAUGCUCCUGGUAACGAGGAUAAUGAUGCUUCUCAACGACAGCUAGCGCAGGCUGUAAAGCUCGACAUUCCUCUCGAGUUCUACCGCGGCGAUAUAACCUACUUGAACAAUUUCGCAGCAGCCAUACCAAACUUCCCGCCGUACGCGUGGGCUGCUGACGUGGCACCGCCAUGCCCCACUGGCAACUGGAUUGGCGUGACGUGUAAUUCAGAUAACUACGUGACUGACGUUGACCUAAGCGCAAGCAACGUGACUGGAAACUUCCCAAAGCUCAAGGGUCCCUUCUCGUUUGACAUUGCUGCUGUCAUUUUUCUCAAGACGCUUAACCUUGCAGGAAACCUUCUCCAUGGCCCGUUUCCAAGUGAGCUGGCCCUCUCGCCCAGCCUCGCCUCUCUCAACGUGGCCAACAACAGCCUCACAGGGCGCCUGUCCGAAGACCUCUGUAACCUCAACCUCACCUGCGUCAACCUGAUGGGCAACCCUCUCCGUGGACCCAUCCCUUCGUGCUGGAGGAACUUCACAUGCCUUGACUUUGCCAACACCAGCCUUCUAGUCGUUCCCAACGAAACAUGCCGUGAUGUCCCUUACCACAGCUGCAACCCACCUCUUGCUGUCGCUGUAGCCCCCCCGUCCGCCUCUGCCUCCGCUGUCAACGUCGUUGCCAUCAUCUGUGGUGUCGUGGGGGGCGCUGCCUUCAUUGCGCUGCUGGUUGCGGGGGCAAUGGUUGUGAUGAAGCACAUUGAGAGGAAGCGACGGGAGGAGGAGGAGCGGCGGCUGGAGCAGGAUUUGGAGACCCAAAUCUCGUCUCGUCACUUUGGAACCCUGAGACGCUUCACCUCAGAGGAGCUGAAGAAGGCCACCAACGGGUUUGACGAGGACUAUGUGCUGGGCGAGGGGGGCUUCAGCAAGGUGUACAAGGGCAAGCUGGAGGACGGCAAGUUCGUUGCCAUUAAGCGGAUCAAGGACGAGAAGAGGGCAGGUGGCGAGCUGCAGUUCCUAUCAGAGGUGGAGAUGAUCAGCCGCGCAGUCCACCGCAAUCUCAUUCGCGCGGAGGGCUUUUGUGUGGAGCGGGGCGAGUGCAUGCUGGUGUUGCCCUUCUGCUCUAACGGAUCCGUGGCCUCCCGCACUCAGGGCAAGGAGGGCAACCCCAUGGACUGGCCGACGCGCAUGAAGGUGGCAAGAGGAGCAGCAGAGGGGAUAGGCUAUCUGCACACGGACUGCAAGCCAAAGCUGGUUCACCGCGAUAUCAAGGCUGCAAACGUGCUUUUGGAUGAGAACGACGAGGCGGUGAUUGCAGACUUCGGGCUGGCCAAGGAGAUGGACGUGAAUGAAACUCAUGCCACCACUGCAGUCAAGGGCACCAUUGGACACAUUGCCCCUGAGUACUUUGUGAGCGGGCAGUGCUCUGAGAAGACGGACGUGUAUGCGUUCGGAGUCUUCCUGCUGGAGCUCGUGUCGGGCAAGGACGUGUACGGGCUCACCGUCGUGCCCGAGGCUGAGGAGAUUCUACUGAGGGACUGGGUGUCGCGGCUGCUAGUAGAGGGGAAGGCAGAUGUGCUUGUAGAUCCAGAGGUGAAGAAGGCCGAGGGGGCAGUGGACAUGGGGCAGGUGGAGAAGAUUCUGCAGGUGGCGCUGCUGUGCCUCAAGAACGACCCAACUGAGCGCCCUACCAUGGAGGAUGUGGCUAAGAUGGUGGCGGGCAGUGAACUCACGGAGAAGUGGCAGCAGUGGCAGGCUGAAGCUGGAGCCAUGCGAGCAGAGGACCUCAUGGCUGUCGUCAAGAACCCUUCGCUCUGGGAGAACACGACAACUGGAAUCUCGCUCGAAGCUUUCAAUGGUUGCUGCUCUCACAGCAACAUGUGGGAUCGUGUCAAGAAGCGGUAUAAGCUCUGUGAUUUUAGUGCUCUUCCCGACUACCUCCAAGACAACGAGUACAUUCAUGGAUAUUACCGAGCUAACUGGCCUCUCAAACACACGCUAUGGAGCAUCUUUCAUAUUCAUAACGAGACCGGAAAUAUCUGGACGCAUCUUAUGGGAUUUAUCCUGUUCCUGAACCUGACCAUCUACACGGCUCAGAAGUUCCCGAAGGUGGUUGAGAUCCCACUGUCCCACCUCCAUUUUCCUGAAUCAUGGGUCAACGCCACUGACAGCAUUCAUGCACAUCUUCAGCACAUGGAACUUCCGGAUUUUCGUCCUAUCAGAGACGCGCUCACCUCCAUGGAGUUUCCGAAUCUACAUGCCAUGUACAACUCCCUCCCACACGUCGAGCUCUCCGGGAUUUCAGGGAUUUCGGGAAUUUCGACGUCCAUCUACGAGGCCAUGCCGCACGUUCUUAACAUGCACGAGAUGCAGAGCAUGCUCUCAGCAGUCAUGAAGUCCAAGCUACCAGACCUGGACACCACAAAGCUUCAGGCGAUGCUUCCUCACGUGGAGCUCCCAAAGCUUCGGCAGGUUCAGGCUGCUCUUCUGUGGUACUACGGCUGUGUCCAUCGCUACGCCAGCACGGCGUUGGAAUCCACGCCGGCGUUCCCCACCAGCCCGUUGUGGAAUGAUCAAAGUGUCUUAGGCAACUGCUCACUUUCAGACAGCCCUUCGUUUCUGCUAAGAUCAGUCAAGACUGAGCGCACGAUUGCCAUGUGGCCCUUCUUUGUCUUCCUCACGGGCGCCAUGAUCUGCCUGCUCUCCAGCAGCACCUGCCACCUCCUGGGGUGCCAUUCCAGGAAGGUCUCCCAAAUUAUCUGGCGGUUCGACUAUGCUGGGAUUGCCAUUCUCAUCUGCGCAUCCUUCUACCCGCCAGUCUACUACGGCUUCCUCUGCCAACCAUUCGCCCGGCUCACCUACCUCGUCCUCAUCACCCUCGCUGGUUUGGGAACUGUAGCAGUGUCUCUUCUUCCUGCCUUUCAGAAACCUAAGUUCCGAGCCUUUCGUGCAGGGCUGUUCUUUGGACUGGGAGUUUCUGGUGUGGUUCCAUUUUUCCAUGGCAUGCUGCUCUACCACCAUGAGCCGUUUUUGGUGACAACUCUUCUGUACGAACUGUUAAUGGGGGCGUUGUACGGCAUCGGGGCUCUCUUUUAUGCAACCAGGAUUCCGGAGCGAUGGCUGCCUGGGAAGUUUGACAUAGCAGGACACAGCCAUCAGAUUUUCCAUGUUCUUGUGAUUGCUGGGGCGUACACACACUACCAGGCUGCCUUAAGAUACCUGCAGUGGGUGGAUGGCCGCACGUGCUGA